UACCUGCCAUUACAAUAAUUGUGAUUUAAUUAUGAAAAAGAAUAGUAUAUUUCAUUUAAAUAAGUGUAGAUUUUCAGUAUGAAGUGUGAUUUUUUUUAAGUGUUCAGUAUAGAAGCUUUUAGUUCUUGGAUUCCUUAUAAUAUUUAAACUUAAAAGCUGCAAGCUACUAAUAUAACCUACUUCAAUUCUCAUACAGCCAUACAUACAUAAUAUAACCAUAUAGGUAACUAUAAAAACAAUUCAAAUACAGACAUGCAUUCAGAUUCUUUAAUGGAAUAUGUUUUGGUGAACUUCCGAUGGGUGUUUGUAGUAUUCUUCCUCCUACCCUGCACUGUGAUAGGAAAAGUGUGGGCUACCUUCGAAAAAAACUUAUGGUUACGUCGCCGUCUUACMGGACUUGAUCACGAAAAAAAACUUAAAAUCAUUCAGUGCGAGGUACGGCAUAGAAAUGUAUACGCUCCCAACCGUGUAAUGUGUACGGCCAAACCUAGUUGGAGGAGCAUGACUCUGGCUGACAUGACGUAUAAGAAAUACAUGUUCAACAUAAACGUCCAUUUGGACGAGAUGAUUUCUAUCGAUAGUCGCAAUCAGACAGUCAGUGUUGAACCAAGUAUUACAAUGGGCCAAUUAAUUCCAAUAUUAAUCCAAUCUGGGUGGACAGUACCCGUCGCCCUAGAUAUGGAAGACUUGACUAUCGGAGGACUAGUUAUGGGAAUUGGGUUAGAAUCUUCGUCUUUUAAGUUUGGAUUGUUUCAUAAAACGUGUACGCGAUACGAACUCAUCACAGCCGACGGUGAUUUGAUCAUAUGUUCAGAGUCAGAGAAUCCAGACGUUUUUGAAAGUAUUCCGUUUUCGCAUGGAACACUGGGAUUUUUGACCGCUGUCGACAUCAGAUUAAUGCCGGCGAAAAAAUAUGUCAAACUCCAGUAUCGUCCGAUUAGUACUUUGGAAAAUAUUCAAUCMAGCCUUAUUUCAGAGACGCUUGAUACAGAAAAUAAUGAUUUUGUUGAGCUAUUAAUAUUUAAUAAACAUGAAGCUGUUCUAAUGACUGGACAAAUGACUGACGGUGAUCAAAGCACAAAAAAUGUCAAUGAAAUUGGUCGAUUUUACAAACCAUGGUUUUUUAAACAUGUUGAAUCAUUCUUAAUAUCACAAAAGAAUUCCGAAGAGUAUAUUCCUUUACAAGAUUAUUAUUUCAGACAUAAUAAUUCUUUAUUUUGGGAAAUACAGGAUAUCAUACCUUUUGGUAACCAUCCCGUAUUUCGUUAUCUUUUGGGAUGGAUAAUGCCUACAAAAGUGGCACUGCUGAAAUUAACACAAACUGAUACAAUCAAACGUUUGUACGAUGAACAUCAUUUCAUAGAUGACUUUAUACUACCAAUUUCAUGUCUGAAAAAAUCUGUAGAAAAAUUUCAUGAACAUUUAAAUAUUUAUCCUAUUUGGGUAUGCCCAGCUGUUUUAAAUCCCAGUAACGGUCUUAUACACUCGCAUGCAUCAGUAGAUAGUAUGUACAUUGAUAUUGGUUUAUAUGGUGAGCCCAAUGUAUCCAAUUAUAACUCGGGUAUUGCUAAGGAUUUAGAACUAUUUGUUUUCAAGUUGAAAGGGUAUAAGAUGAUGUAUAUCGGUACUCAUUUGAAUAUGCAUGAAUUCAAGAAAAUGUUUAAUCAUUAUUUGUAUCAGCGUGUAAGAAUGCAGCUUAAUUGUGAAAACAACUUUCCAGAAGUCUAUGACAAAGUGAAUAAGAAAGUUAGGAGAUAAUAUUCAUAUCCCAAUUCUAUUUAUAAAAUAAAAUUAAAAACAAUGAAUAGUUAAUAUAAUUUCUAACUCUAAUACUUAAUGACUUUCCAGUUAAAUAUUAACUAUAAUCAGUAAUGAUUUGUUAUUUUAAUACAAGUUAUUUAGCAUAAUUUGUUAAGCUUCUAAUAUUUCUUGCAACUUAUAUAGUUA